UAGUAUCAAGGGUCGACUCCCCCACGUGAUGAAAUGCUCAAGAAUGGAGUCGGAAGAGUCAAGGAUAAAUUGUCAAAUUUACUAGAAGCGCCAGUUUACUCCAAACAGAGUCGACCAUGGUUAUGUCGAGGUAAAUAACCGAACUACCAAAACCUUCUCGGAUAAUCGCUUUGGGAUCCCACGCUUUGCACGGGACCGCAGCCAAGAUCUAGUCGGGUACCCGGGGAUGCAAUGGGAGAGCGAGUACCGCAGAGAUGAUGCGUUUUGUACUGGAUUGCUUGCGGACGCCAAGGCAACGGGCACCGUGCAGUGAGAGGGACAAGGACUUUGUGGAACAGGACGAGUGUGUCGCUCAGAAGACUGGAGAAAUCAGAGACCUGCAGGAUGCAGUGCAGCAGGAGUGCAUUGAGCUGCAGGAGCAGCGGGGCGACCGCCGGGAGCUGGAGGAGACCCUGGAGAAGCUGGAGCAGCACAGGAUGGAGCUGGAGGAGCAGCUCAAACUGACCAGGCUGGAGUGUGUCCAAGCGAGCCAGCAGAUUCUUUCCCUGCAGGCGGAGGAGGUGGCCAGGGAAACAAAGGUGGAGGAGUAUGAGCGUGAGCUGGCCCGUGCCAGGAGGAAACUCAAACAGCUGAAGAUGGAGGUCAGACGGGCCCAGGGGAAGGUGGAGGAGGCGGGCGAACGCACCAUCCCGCUCGAGGAGUCCAUCAGCCAAUCAUAUGAGGAGAUUUUACAGGAGGAGCAGAUGCUCAGUACACUGAGUGGGGAGCGAACGGGAGAUGCAACACUGCCAGACCACCAACAGGUGGAGCCAAACAACACAUCUCCCAGCAGCCUCAGGACAGAGGACGGAACCCUAGACGUACCAGAUGUACCAGCCAGGUCAUGGGGCAGGAGCCAAUCACUGCCUGUCUACGCUGAAAUCCUGGCAAACCUUGGGUGCGCGGCUCGUGCUAAGAACGGAUUGGCUGAUACACAAGAAGAGGAGGAGGCGACACCUACACCAAGCACACCAAAGCAGAUAGAUAAGGGAGAAAAGGAAGAGAAAGUGGAGGACGAAGAAAAUAUUUCCCAGACACGAUCCACCAGUAGCAUAGCAGUCGAAGAGCUGGACUUCUACCACCCCGACCCCUUCAUUCACUGUGAAUCUGAACAUGACCUUUUCAAAGAUGACGACCUCUUUGCCAAAACUGAUAAAUCUGAUGAUGACCCGUUCAAAGGCACAGACCCCUUCGCUGCAGACAUCCUCUUUCCAGAGGGGACAGAGGAGCCCUAUCCCUCUGCUGACCCAGACACCCCUGCCCGCCUGGAACCUGGAUCUAAUGACGAGACAGACAACAGCCUCUCCUGCGCUGAGAACAAAGCCUCCACCGGCACCCAGUGCUUCGAGUCCGAGUUCCCGAACGAGGACGAAUCCAGCGAUAUAGAAAUCAGUUACAGCAGGGAGGAUCUGGACACUGUUCACACGGACGCUGUUGAACUCUCCUUUGUUGAUCCCCAAACCUUAAUCAUGACCGAACGCUUGGGUUUCAAGCCCAUCUAUGUAGUUCAAACCUUGGAUACUGAAUUAGAUGACGCAGAUGAACCCGGCAUAGCUUCUGGGCGCGAACCCUUCAGUCAAGCAUCCAGGGCCAACACCUGGGCUGCUGGACCCAACUUCUCCACCGAAUCAGACCCCAAUGGAUACGAGUUUGACAUCAACGCAGUAUCCCCGCCUUCCGACAUAGAAGAGAUCGACAUCACUCUUGGAUCUAUACCAGUUGACUUUGACGUUGUGCCACCUAGGUACGACUCCGUGGAACCCAGCUACCCUAUUGGGAUUCAGGCUUGUGACUCAGAACAUGCCGGAACAGGUGGAUGCGACCUUCCUGAACCCAGCCCUCCUAUGCCCACCCGCCCGGUCCGUCCACCUAGACGCCUCAAAGGGGGAGCGUCAACUGACCUUUUAGAAGAGCCAGACACUCCCAAAGCUGAAGGCUGUGAUCCAGGUUCUUCCAACCGCUCUGCAGAUUCAGAGCUGGACAGUGCUAUCGGGAUUGACCCUCUCACCAGCUCAGCUGAACACAACAGUAAAUUCAGCUUCGGAAACAAUAGUUUUGAGCUGAACUACGAGCCCAACUACGAGCCCAGUAGUCAAACUUCGUACAACUAUGGAUUUAAACUCAGUCCCGAACACCACAGCGAAGAGAUCCUAAAUCCUUUUGGCGCUGAACUCAGCGAUGAAGAAGCUGACAACCAAGCCUCAUUUGAUCCUUACGAAUUUGAGCCUACUGCUCAAUCUGAGAGCCAAGACGAGUUCGACCCUUACGAGUUUGGACAUACAUCUCAUGCUACCAACCGAGACACAUUUGACCCCUAUGGUUUCAAACUCGCAAGUUUUGACACUGACAACCAAGCUAUCGUCGACUUACACAGUGGCGAUGAUACAAACCUUGAAGACAAUAAUAACACAAACAAAAGGGACCCCUUUAGCUUCGAUUUCAGUAACGCAGCAUCAAUGGACCACUAUAGUUCAGAACCCAGUAAUACUGCAACAAUGGAUCUCCUUGGUCUGGAACUCAGCAGAGCCAACAGUGUUGCUGAGUCAGACUGUAACAAUCCUACACCGUCUGACCCAAUAGGAACAGUACAAACUAUGGCAGCUGGAAGCGACCUACUGGACCUGGACCUUGUGUUUGGAAGCAGUAGUUAUGGUAACCCUGAUGUCACCCCUGACCUCGACCCCUGUGAACCUAGACCGGGAAACCCCGCUGGUCCAGACAACUUUGAAUUCAGAGUGAGAGACACCGCCCACUCCGAAUCUGUAGACACCGUUUCUGACUGGAUGACUGUUAAGACCAACUCCAGGGAAUCCUUGUCAUUCAGCCCAGUCAACCCCCGCACACACAGCCUGGACAAAUGAACCAUUCCCUGGGAGGAAUCACCAGUGUGGCCAUGACUAUGCAGUACAGCCCAACAAUGGGGAAGUAGUUGGAAGGAUAGGAAGCAAAGGAGGGAAUGAGAGAAUGAGCGUCUCUUUUCUCCAAGCUGGCAUGAUUCACCUUGACCCCUAGUCAAGGUUAGCAACAUUGCAUUGAUUUGAAAGUGAUUGAUAUGUUCAUUGAAAAUCAUAACUUUAUGAUUCUAAUUUCUGAGUUAUUAAUUGCUGAUGGUUGCUUUGCAGUUAUACGGCCUUGGUUUGUUCUACACCCUGUUAAAGUUGCAAUACAGUACUAAAUCUGGGUCCAGAUGCAGUAGGUUCUCGGAGGUGAGAACAUACAAUUCCACAUCCCUAAGACCAGAAGUUUGAAAUGCAUGAAAACAAAAGGAUGUAUUAUCCUGUUUAUCUUGAAACUCUUCAACCAUCCUUUAUCCAUCCUUUAUCAGAAAUACAGUAUAUGAGGUGCCAAGGGAUAGGGAAAAGGAUGGAGUGAAUAGUUUGGAAUUGAGCUGUCUGCAAAUACAACCAAUUACUUUUGAGAGAGGUGAGAACCAGGUUGGUAGAAUGCAGGGUCUGAGCAGUUUUGUGUUUAAAUUUUAUUAGUCAACUGUUAAUUAAUAAUUUAAUAGAUUUUAAGUAAAGCCAUCUGUGGCCAAUACAAAUUGUUACAUAACAGUUUAACACACCUUGGACCUUCCACGACCGGAUUUGCCCUCUCCUGGUUGACUAUAUUAUAUUCUAACUAUCAAUGUUACAUGGCGCGAGCCAAACCUUCAACAACUACAUGUAUAUAAAUCCGUAUGUACUUGCUCAGACCCCCCUGGGCCAGUAAUACAUAGAUACAUUUAGGGAAUUACAAAGUGAGUGAGUGGCUAAUCUUUCACACAUACUACUGUAAAUGAACCGUUCAGCCAGUGUGCAAAUAUCUAUAGUGUUACAAAAUGAACUCCCAUUUUUGCAUACUGCCAAUAUAACAACAGCCACAUGCUUAGUACAAAGUGUCUUUAUUGCAGUGAUGGGGAAUGGCAAAACAAACAAACAGAAUGUAAGAAUCUAGACCCAACUGCAUGUAAUACACAUUCAUCAUAAGCUACAACACAUAGUCAAAUAAGUGAAAAAUACACUAGUAAACCUGCUUGGUCAAAUAAAAGUCCAUAUAAUCAACAAAAUCUACUUAUUUUUACACAUACAACAAAUAAUGUGUAGAUACUGUACAUUGUGUGCAUAUGCACAAUAUAAGCCUAUGGAUGCACAAUUUCACCUUGUUUCAUACAGUUCUUAAUCCAUAUUUUAUCAAAACAUAGUUGAUACUAUACAGAAUCAACAAGAUAUGGCAUACAAAAAGCACAACAUAACCUUUCUGCCACUGAGAAGGUUGUUCAGAAGCUACAGAUGACCUUGUAUUGAUGUAAUCAACUACCAUACACCACAAUGGUGUCAAAUAAUAGCAUUGCUUUUAAUGAGUGGGUAUACAAGUAUAUUCACAGUUCAUAUUGGUUUGAAAAACAUGUCCAUUUACCCUUAAAUAACUUUUGUUCUUCAGCAAAUAACUCUAUAACAAGACACCCCUCAUUGACUGUCUACCAAUAUUUUGCAUGCUUAGAUACUUAGAAUUAGAACAUUAAUAGACAUGUAGCGACUGAGGACAACAGAUCUUGAUUUAACUUUUAUGUACUGUAGACUCAUGAAGUGACCACUCUAACUAUGGAAAUACAUGUCCUCAAAAGAUGGAAGGCAGGCAGAAUGAGGCGAGAUCAGGUGGGACCAUUCUAGCCAGUGAGGGCAGAUGUGUGUGAACAACAGGCCAUAGAGAUGGAGGACUCAUUUUGUAUCUGUGCUAUUAUAGCAUCAGGGUUACAACUCCAUUUUAAAGUAGUACAUUUUCUUCAUUGGCUGAUUGCGCCCAACUCAGAAAUCCCCACCCAGUUGACUACUUUAAAAUAGUGGAAGCCCUCAAUGCCAUUGUCCAUGCUAAAACGGGUGAUACCCAUGAGUCCUACAUCGCUCUCUAUGAAAGCAGGCACAACUCCGAUAUAAAGGCAUUUUUUUUCAAAAUUGCCGAAAUGUCACGAGCAUCCACUUAUGUCAGUGAAUUUGUAAGAACCAUACCAUUGUGAAACUUAUAUUCAAUCAAAUAAGCCUCAUGUAGCAAAUCAGUUACAUUUUUUGUUGACCAAAUUCAACACUCAUUGACCUCCAUACAAAAAUUCCUCACUAUGUGGGCUUAUUUUCGUGGCCAGAUAUUGGGUGGAGUAAAACCUCUCGCUUCGCCCCUUCCGGUCUGGUACUGUAUGAUUGAUCAGGAGAUGCAUCAAAAUGCCAGCCAUGUCUUCAUUUGAAAUGUCAGACUGCCAUGAAUAACACUGUUGCAGUUUUAGUAUCUUUCCUUUUGCCCACAAACCAAAAAGAAGACUUGUACUUUCUGGGGCUUUAGCUUGGAAUGUUGUACAUUGUCCCUAUAGGUUUAAAGACCUUGUACUCUCAGCUACUGAUAGCAUUAGAAAAGGCAUCCAUUAAAUAUUUUGUCCCAAAUAGAGUAACACUUACUCAGUGAAAGGUAUAGAAGAGAUGACAGUUGCACUUUCUUUUACAAUCUUUACUUAGAGAAUACAUUGAUCCUGGGGUCAAAUACAUAAGCUGUACUUGAUUCAGUUUGCCAGACAGCGAACUCCCAAGCUAAAACAAGCACAUGAAAGUAUUUGACAUACAGUACCAGUCAAAAGUUUGGACACACCUACUCGGUCCAGGGUUUUUCUUUAUUUUUACUA